UGCAAUGUCAGGCUUUGACAACUUAAACACGGAUUUCUACCAGACAAGUUACAGCAUCGAUGACCAAUCACAGCAGUCCUAUGAUUAUGGAGGAAGUGGAGGACCUUAUAGCAAACAGUAUACUGGCUAUGACUACUCGCACCAAGGCCCGUUUGUCCCUCCAGACAUGAUGCAGCCACAACAGCCGUACACCGGGCAGAUUUUCCAGCCAGCUCAGGCGUAUACUCCAGCUACGCCUCAGCCAUUCUAUGGAAACAACUUUGAGGAUGAGCCACCUUUAUUAGAAGAGUUAGGUAUAAAUUUUGAUCACAUCUGGCAAAAAACACUCACAGUGUUACACCCGUUAAAAGUAGCAGAUGGCAGCAUCAUGAAUGAGACUGAUUUGGCAGGACCAGUGGUUUUUUGUCUUGCUUUUGGAGCCACAUUGUUACUGGCUGGCAAAAUCCAGUUUGGCUAUGUAUAUGGGAUCAGUGCAAUUGGAUGCCUAGGAAUGUUUUGUUUAUUAAACUUAAUGAGUAUGACUGGUGUUUCCUUUGGUUGUGUGGCAAGCGUCCUUGGAUAUUGUCUUCUUCCCAUGAUCCUGCUUUCCAGCUUUGCAGUGAUAUUUUCUUUGCAAGGAAUGGUAGGAAUCAUUCUCACUGCUGGAAUUAUUGGAUGGUGUAGUUUUUCUGCUUCCAAAAUUUUUAUUUCUGCAUUAGCCAUGGAAGGACAGCAACUUCUAGUAGCAUAUCCUUGUGCUUUGCUAUAUGGAGUCUUUGCCCUAAUUUCUGUUUUUUGAACUGAAUUUAUCUCGGAUGUGGACAUCAUUGGGCCAAAUAGCAAAAAGGACUUUGAACUCUUAAAUCGGACCAGCAAAGUGCUACAGUACAACUCUCAUGCAGAUCUGAUGUUUGACUCUUGGAGCAAUGGAAGUAAAUACGUAUCUUUUGUUCAUUUUUAUAGAACUUUUGAAUACUAUAUUGGAUUUACCUGCAGUAUGACUAGGUUUAAAUGUUUGUGCUAAUACAAAUAAGAAGUGCUAUUUCUUUCGUGUUCCUGCAGCCUUAGAAAAACAGCUCUUCUCCUUGCUAACUAUAUAUUAUGAUGUUUUUGAUGGAUUUUUAUCAACUGUGGGAAACUAACCGCAGAGAUAAUAAUCUUUCUUAAAAACAACCCAUAAUAAAGAAGACAUAAGAC